AUGAAAUUAGCUCUUGUUUUGGUCGCUGUCGUCUUGGUAGUGAAUGUAGAAGGUUUUUGGUGGAGGCGUCGACGAAUUCGAAUACCACCUUUCAGAAUACAACUAAGAAUGCCCUGCGGAAAAAAAGAUGUUAGACAAGCCGAUAAUGACGCUGCUUUCAAAGCUGCAGCUGAAGAUGGUGUUUUAUCCGAUGAUGAAAUAAAAUCUGUACUUGGUGUCGCUGAUGAAGAUUUGGCUGAUUUUUAUGAUCUUUAUGAUGUUAACGGCGAUGAAAAAAUAACAGUUGAAGAAUAUGAAUCUGUCACCACUGUCCUUGCCAACGCGGGAGACAAAGAGAACUAA